AUGCGCAGUUUUUUGCGCGCCACGCUCCACAGCAGACUUCACUGCCGGAGCUCUGUGGAGCUUGAAACCUCGCAGAGACUGCGCAUAGAUCGAACGCGGCGCGCGGCUCCGAAGUGACUUGUGCUCUCUGCUCUCUGCAGCAGGCACUCACACAGAGAGCACGACCAUGGACGUGCGCAUCGCGUACGCAAGUGAAACGGGUAGAGCAGAAGCCCUCGCGUGGCGCUGCCGGAGCUGGCUGCGACUGAGGAACGUCACGACGAGCGACCCGGUCCCGCUCGACGCCCUCACGAGUGAAUCAACGACAACAAUCAUCUUCGCGGCGACCGCGGGAGAUGGAGCACCGCCCUCGAACGGCAAAAAGUUCUGGAGCACUCUGUUAAGGAAGGGCGCCCCGCGCCUGGACGGGAAGCGGUAUGCUUUAUAUGGUCUCGGCGACGCGCGCUACGGCGCGAAGUUCAACGCGUUCGCUAGGCGGUUGGAUGCGCGUCUGGCGCAACUCGGCGCCGCGCGGCUAUGCGAACGAUCGUUAGGAGACGCGUGUACCGUCGAGGGCGCCGAGAGCCUGCUGCCGGGCUUCUUCGCCCGCCUGUCUCCUGCUUUAGGUAUUUCGGAGAGCCUCGAGGCGUCCUUGCAGGGUCGCGUCGGCGACGAGGCUCCUGACCGCGUCGAGGACUACGCGCCGCCCGUCACCAUAAAGAUGGUUGAUGAAGGUUCCACAAUACAAGCGUACGAACGGCGCCUGCUCGCGAAGGAGGGCUGCGCGUCCAUAGCACAAGCGACACUCUCCACAACACAACGACUCACGGAUGAAAACUGGUGGCAGGAGGUGCGCCACGUCGUCUUCAGCGCUUCUGUGACCUACGCCCCGGGAGACGUUGCUGUCUUAGUACCAAGGAACGCCCCGCGCCACGUCCAAGCGGUGUUACGCGCUCUCCAAAAAAACGAUAGGACGAUCUCACUACAAACACCGGUGACGUCCUCAUUGGUCAACGGUACCGUCGAAGACGUGCUGUCCACGUGCUUAGAUCUAGCCACGCCGCUCCCGCAGCGGUCGCUGGGCAUUCUGGCAUUGUUCGUGGUUGGUGAGGACGACACCUCAAAGGAACAGCGACAAAAACUCAAGGAGCUCGCCACCGUUCAAGGCGGCCCGCUGUAUCGCGACUACGUCCGUUCAGAACGGCGCGGCGUCGCUGAUGUGUUGGUCGACUUCGACCGCUGUGCACCUUCAUUAGAAGCGUUGCUCGACGCCUGUCCGAGGCUGCGCCCGCGGCACUACUCGAUAGCGUCGUGUUCUACCGAUACAAUUGAAUUGUGCGUCGCGCGCGCGCUGCUAGAAACGCCUUUAGGACGGAAAGUGUAUGGACUUUGUUCGUCCUGGCUUUGCGAUCUGAGAGAAGGGACUUUGCUGAUAGGCGUGCGCCGGGGCGAGUUCUCGCCCAUCGAACAGGACCCGUUGGUGUUCGUCGGGCCGGGGACGGGCGUCGCUCCCGCUAGAGCCUUCGCGCGGUCUCAGCCUCGAAAUGAUAUGUUGUUGUUCUUCGGGUGCCGCCAUGAAUCGAAGGAUCGGCUCUACGCCGAUGAAUUUGCGGGGCUUUCGAAAUUGGAAGUUGAUGUCUCGGUCUCUAGACAUACGGACGCUAGUCAGAGACGGUACGUGACGAAAGCUUUGAGGGCGCGCGCCACGGAUGUGGCUCAUUGGAUUCUGGAUCGGAAUGCCCGCUUCUAUAUCGCUGGAAAUGCUAAAAUGGCCGCCGACGUGGCGCUGGCGCUGUGCGACUGCCUCGCGCCGCGAUGUGGUGGCUCGCAAAAGGCGGCGGCGCUGCUGCGGAGGUUGGAGCGGGAGGGGCGCUUCGCAACGGAGGCGUUUGGGUAAAUUCUUGUAUGUAUUCA